ACUUGAAUUAAGAAACGCAUUCACUCAUUGCAACGCAUCAGUUGAACAGACGUAUCUGUCCAGUUCUGCCCCUGGUCACAUGACUGGCGCUCUGAGGAAUGGAUGGAGAACAAACUGCACGUCAGCUUCACGUCUUAGAAUUUGUUGCUCAACGGAUCUGCUUCAAAGUGACUGGAGCCUAGCAGCACAUAGGAACGAUGCGAAUGGAGGGUUGGUAGACUAUUAGAGUAGGCUACAGGCUACGCAAGAUCGAAUCAUUAUGGAUUUUGAUGAGCGGGUCCCAGUUGGGUCUAAUAUGUAUUUGCCCGGCAGCUGCACCUAUUACGUCUCGGGAACAGACUUCUCAAGCCUCCCUCCUUUUUUGUCCCACCAGAGUCAGUCUUCUUGUCCCAUGACAUAUUCCUACCCAUCCUCAACUCUGCCACAGCUUCCGUCUGUCAGAGAGGUAGCUUUCAGGGACUAUCAUGGCAUUGGUAGCUCCAGUAAAUGGCACCACCAUAGGGGCGGUAUGUCACACUGCUACCCCACUGAGGACACGGUGCAUAGGGACUGUCUAUCAAGCUCGACCUCCUUGGGGGAAAUAUUCACGAGAAAUAACUCCAGUGAUGUCUAUCACACCAGCAGCUCCAAUCCUACAUCAAGUCUCCAGGGCAGUGUGAGUAGGAAUGGAGUGUUACCGCAAGCCUUUGAUCAGUUUUUCGAUACUGCUCAAGGGAGCGCAGACACCACACCAACAAGCGAACACUCCGUGGACAGAACUGCCACCAAACAACCUAUAGUUCCGGUGACCGGUUCCGACAAGUGCCGGGAUAGAGAGGAGGGACCGCCGGGCGAGGUGAGCUGCAGCCCCGUGUCUUCUUCCGGCAACAAUGAGGAGAAAUAUAGCGCCAGCGGUGGACAGAGAACCCGUAAGAAGAGAUGCCCAUACACAAAAUACCAAAUCAGAGAAUUGGAGAGGGAGUUCUUUUUCAGUGUUUACAUCAACAAGGAGAAACGUCUUCAACUUUCGAGGAUGCUCAAUCUCACCGACCGCCAAGUUAAAAUCUGGUUUCAAAACAGGAGGAUGAAAGAGAAGAAACUGAACAGAGACCGUUUGCAGUAUUAUACCACGAACCCUAUGCUGUAACACUGGCUGAUGGAUGUCGCCUCCCCUCAGACAAGGCAUGCAUGAAGCUCAAUCGCUAAUUUCAAGUUCGUUGGUCUGCAAAUUCCUGAUUACACCCCUCCCGCGAUGGACAGACAGAUUUAUUUGUCCAUCAUACUUAAUUUGUUGAGAGUAAUAUCUAGUGUAAUAUUAUUACUAUUAGGCCUAUUGGCCUAUUUUAAUUGUAGGUGAUUUUCUUGUUGAUCUUUUAAUCUUGCUAUUUGUUGUUAUGAAAGUGCGGUGCCACCAAAACAGAACAUAUAUCUGGUCGAAUCCUAACUUGCGUAAAAGUCACAUUUUCGAGCAAAUUAUUUAAUUGGCAUCAAUGCAUAAUGCAUGAAUUACACGAACGUUAGAUUUACGCGCGCCCAUUUCAUAUCAAAUUCGACAUUUAACGAUGUAACAUAUUUAACAACCUGUAUCUUUACAUGUAUUAUAUAUAUACCUACAAAGGGUACAUACCUUUUCCAUGACGAGAAGGCAAGAUUUAUCCCAAACUUUGUUGGUUGUUUGUUGUCGCCAUUACACACGCACAGAAGGACUAGGCUAUAGUUUAAAAUAGGCCUGUUAUUUAUGCAUUGAUUGCCAUUGUUUUUGUUCUCGUGAAAUAUUCGACAUACAAAGGUUAUAUUGUAAAAUUGUUCAAUCAUCCCUGAUACUUGAAAGUGUUCGUUUUGUUUAAGUUCUCAAUGUCGUGACAUAUCAGCUAUUUUCCUGCGUUUUUGGCAAGAGAAAAGCUGCUCCAAUACAUUGAGCUAUUGGGACAUUUUAGUUCUUUGUCUUCAUUUUUGAGCCAAUUCAAAUGUUCCUCGGUGUAAAUAGCCUACGAAGGAUUUUGGAAUGAUUAGGCCCUAUAUAGGCUUAGCCUAUUUCACACACCCUAUUGGAGACAUACGAGUCACAGGUCGAGACCUUUCCGUUUGUUUUCUUAGUUUAUUUUUGGAUGAAUGGGUCUAUACGUCUCGAGAAAAUAUCUCCUUGUAUAAUUCUCGACAUAAAACCUGGCUGCGUGGGUCAUAUCAGAUGUAUGAUGUAUUUGACUUUACAUUGCCCCCAUGGGCCGAAAUGGGAUCCUAUGCCUUUAAUGUUAAAUAUCCAUUACGGAAGUUCCACCCAAAAGGUUGUCUAGCACGUUAUUUUAUUCAACUUUAUGUACCAUGCUAAACCAUCUAUCACCGGACGACUUUUAUAUACAAUUAACGUCUGGAGUUUAAAUGUCCCGCGUUUAUGUUUAUUGUUUCAAAAAUAAUACUAGGCCUAUAAAAAGAGAAUGUAUAGCCUACUUUAAAUAAAUAAAGCAAAAUACUUAAGGUAGCCUAUAUUUAAAAUA